CUUGUCUCUCUGAAAACAGAAGGUGAGUAACUCCUCAAUUGUAGCUGCCUUCUCUGCCUGACUCCUAUUUCACAAUCUAGAAACAGAAACCGUCUAGAAUCUAGAAGCAGGUUGCUAUCACAGCCAUGUCACCCCAUCGUAGGUGCUUCCUCUUAUAUCACGGGAGGUGGGCCUUCUCUCCUCUCCACAGAGCACGGAAGUCAGGGUUCUCCCCAGCACACACAGGGACAGAGCAGGCUCCUCAGGCCUCCAUGAUGCCCGUCCCUGCCUCCCGGCCCCACCUCCCUCCUCCUUGCCUGCUGCUGACUCUACUGCUGGGACUCACAGGAGUGGCAAGUGAGGAAGAGCUGCAGGUGAUUCAGCCUGAGAAGUCAGUGUCAGUUGCAGCUGGAGAGACAGCCACUCUGCGCUGCACCCUGACCUCCAUCCUCCCUGUGGGGACUGUCCAGUGGUUCAGGAGGACAGGGCCAGGCCGGGAGUUAAUCUACAGUUUCAGAGGAGGCCACUUCCCCCGAGUAAAAAAUGUUUCAGACACUACGAAGAGAAACAACACGGACUUUUCCAUCCGCAUCAGUACCGUUACCCCAGCAGACACUGGUAUCUACUACUGUGUGAAGUUCCAGAAAGGGAGCCCUGAUGAUGUUGAGGUUAAGUCUGGACCAGGCACCCAGCUCACCGUGAGUGCCAAACCCUCUCCCCCCGUGGUAUCGGGCCCCACGGCGAGGGCCCCACCUGAGCAGACAGUGAGAUUCACCUGCGAGUCCCACGGCUUCUCCCCCAGAAACAUCACCCUGAAGUGGUUCAAAAAUGGGAAUGAGCUCCCAGCCUCCCAGACCAACGUGGACCCAGAGGGAGACGGCGUUUCCUACAGCGUCUCCAGCACAGCCAAGGUGGUGCUGGCCCUGGGGGAUGUUCGCUCCCAGGUCAUCUGUGAGGUGGCCCAUGUCACCCUGCAAGGGGCCCCUCCUCUUCGUGGGAUGGCCAACUUGUCUGAGACCCUCCGAGGUAGAUGCCCCUCACCCCAGCCCAAGCCCACACCUGCCCCCAAGCCCCCAAGCCCGCUCCUCCCCCUGCUGUUUGCUCCAGGCCUGGAUUUCCUGGAAUCUAGUUCCUGACUGUCCUUCCCAAUCACCAGGCACCUGGAUGUGCUGGUCACUCACCUGUUCUAAUG